CGUAAUCCUGAAGGCCUAAAAGAGUUUCGUUGUAUUCAUGAUAAUUGCGGUGAACCGAACCUUUUACUCCAACUUAGCCCCCUUGAAACCAUCACAUCGACCCGUCGUAUCCCUAACAGGACAGAACAUGACCGAUUGCGUCAUGAUCUGGAAGCCACGACCGACCUCCUUGAAACGACCCGCGCUGAAGCUCGUACCCUCCGGCAGCAAUUGAAUGAAGCAGAUAGGAACUAUGGCGUCCUUACUGUGAAAUUCGAUGCUCUGAAGGGUAGGUACGACAGUCUAUUAAAAAUGAAGGCAGUUCAGGACUCAAUGCCGUCCACGUCGUCUUCAACACCGUCCAAGUCUUCAGCCCCCGAGUCCAAGGUUCCUACCAAAACCCCCACGGCAAAUAACGCCAAAUCUUCAAGCACAGGACAAAUUCCGUCCUUAAUGUCAGUCGCCGUAAAUCCCCCUUCAACCGAUAAUUCGCCCUCGCCCCCAUCUCAAGCCAAAAAAUCAAAAUUCAAUCCCACCGCGAACUGUCGGUUACAAAGUAAUUCUCCGAUGGCGAGAAAUGCUAGUAACCAGCGAGCGGAUCGAGAUAGGAGCCCCCUUCGACCCCAAAUCGGUUGGCGAGGAGCCAAUGUGGCGGCGAUUCACCAACAAGCGAUUCCCGCCUUCAAUCCCCAAAAUAUUCCCCAAAAUCCGGUGCCCAUAGACAUCGGUGACGUCGAACCGGAAAAUCCAGAAAAUAUCGAAGGCCCCGAAGCUGCCCAACGCGAACUGUGCGCUCCUAGCGCGCACAGUCGCAAGAAAUUCAAGCAACGCUUCGGCGUUACCCCCGAUAUCCUGUACCCUUUUCAUCCCCUUACGGCUUUUCCCCAUUUUCUGACGGCUGCUGGUAUUCGCAAACCCGAUGGCGAUUGCUCAGCAGUCUUAUGCGCCUACGACAUCUUCAUGGUCGGUGACGGCCAUGUAGCGAGUAUGGCAAAUUUCGCUGUGUUAGGAAAGUCGUUUGCACCAUUCCUACACCCCGAUUUCUACCGUCGAGACUGUUCGAUUACGGACUUGAUCGACGCCCUAAUCAAACUCCCUUCCCUACCCCCCAAAAUGAUUGUGGCAAUCGGCACCUUCGACAUUUUUUAAACGGCUCAGUGGCAGCUCGUUUAACAAUUCGUGGACCCGGUUGCUCCAGUAUCUUCGUACUGCCCAAGUCCAAGAACUCUAUAUCAUUCCCCCAAUCGUUAAAUCUCAAGACCCGAUUGCGGCCAAGAAUAUUAUCGACAUUAUCGAUCGAGAUUGGAAGGCCUAUGGCGGCUUCCAAAAAUUCCAAUUGAUUCCCGAAGUAGCGGUCAAUUUCGAAGAUUUGGAGCCCGAAACCGACCAAUAUGGCCCUUAUUACUUCCCCCCCGAUGUCUACCUUCAUAUGGUGAACCGCAUCAGGGAGCAAUUCAUUCCCCAGAUCGGUAAAGAGAACCGGACCCCCGACGGUAAGAUUCCCUUCGAGCCAGAGAUCGUCCUUCCACCUCCUCCUCGCAACCGAUCCGAUUCCACUUCAUCGAGGAUGUCGACAGAGAACGAAGAAAACUCGCAAGUUGAAGGACCGAUUGCGUCCGGAACAUCGAGCUCCAGCCUCUCCGCCGCCUCUUCGUCUUCCCUCAACGCCGCCGCACCUCCAUUUCAACCGAAAUCGACGAUAACAGCAACGGCUCAAUUGCAGCCGACCGCUUCGAACGUCUCAGUGCCCGCAUCGAACGUCUCAACGCCCGCAGCAACGGCUCAAUUGCAGCCGACCGCUUCGAACGUAUCAGUGUCCGCAUCAACGUCCGCACCGGCUCCCCAACCAACCUCCAACCCGACAAUUCCACCGUCGAAGAAGCAAUUCCAAGCUUUUAAAACAAAAUCUUCGACGACGACAACGGAUACGGUACCGGUGACCACUUUAGCGUUCCAACCGGUAACCGCUUCGACGACGGCGUCUACGAGCGCAGCACCUAAUCCAGUUACAAUUAGUUAUGCGCAGCCACACACGGUGUUGAUCCCGUACGACCCGCAUUAUCCUCCUCAGUACGUACAGGAUCCAGUAACGGGCUUGUACGACGUCAAAGCGACCACCGUCCCGAAUGCCGACUCUCCCGAAUCGAUGCAGGUCGACCCGCCGAAUAAGCAGAGUCAACCAGCCGCCGUUCAACCGCAAGUUGCCGGAAAAACAACAGGCCAGUUCGACGACGCUGAAAUGCCGCUCGCACCUCCCGAAAAGUCUUUGGCUGUCUCCACCUUCACGCAACUUGCCGACCGCGAAGCUCAACUUGCAGCUAAGCAACAGCAAGAGCAAGAACGUGAACGUGAACGCGACCGAUUGCGUCGUGAAGAAAUCGACCGCUCCGCCGCCCAGCAGCAAGAAGCCGAUCGCGCCGAAGCUGCUCGCGCCGAGGCCGCUCGCGCCAAAGCUAUCGCCGAAGACAAUCAACGAAUCCGCGCCGAAACCGCCAAGGCGCAGAUGACCCUUCAAAAGAACGCUAAAAAAGCGGCAAGUGACGCCGCUAAAGCCCGCAAAGCAGUCGAUGCUAAACUCGCCGAGCAGCAACGCCUCAAAACCCAAGACGAGGCAGAUUUUGCAAAUUACGCAAAAGAAACCGAGUCCUACGCUCCAGAGGUCCAAUCCAAAAUGACCUACGCCGGUAUUGUUCAGCAUGCUGUCGGUAGCACAGCAGAGCAACAGCCCAUCGGUCAACUCGUCAAAUCGGAUACCCCCCGCGUCGAAACCCCGGCGAAUCAGCAAUUCUACCAAGACCUCGACGCAGCGACCCAGAAUAACGACGAGAAAUCAACGCGACGACCCGCUAGCGGUACUUCUCGCGGAACUUCUCGCAGUUCCUCGGCAAGCUCGUCUCGCAGCCUGCCAGGAGCCAACAAGAAGCCCAAACCGCCUCCCAAAAUCCCGACUUACGGGAAGAAGAAGUCCAAAGUUUCCAUUGGCGGAACUACGCAAUCUUCUUCUACCAGCCAACUUCCCACGGUAGCGGAUUCUGUCCAGAAUCGAAUCUCCACCCCGCUUACCGACGAAGUCGAUAUGCUCUUCACUCCUGAUCGGACAGUGACGUACGUUCAGGGGAACCGAGCACUCGAUGUUCAGCUGAACACUGACGAAAUUUUGGAUUCGUCCAAUUGGCGACAAAUCCUCAACGGUGCUCAGGUCCAAAUUCCCCAAGUUGACAUCCCAGGUCAAGAAGAGUCCCUCCCCGAAGACCUCAAGGAUGUCGAGCCGAUCAAGGAAGUUGAUAAAUCUGCCUAAUUGCGGUAGAUUGUCUCCAACCUAACAAUAUUUUUUCGUCCCACGUCGAUUGCACGUUGAUCCCAUAAAACGAUCCAGUGGCGAUCGUACCUAAGUUUUCGAAAAUUUUUUCUUCAAACCAUUCGUGUUCUUCCCCUAACAAAUCACGUUGUUUCCCACAGAUCACGAAUUCAAUGGAUGUCCCCUACAAAAUCCUGAAACUGGAAGAAAUUUCAGAUUUUAGCCUCGAGAUGGAAGAUUACAUCGAAAUCCAUCCAAACCAAUUCAUCCAUUUUCACCAGAUAAUAUAUACCGUUCAAGGAAUGAUUGAAAUAUUCAUUCUCCUUGCAAUGGUACUAUUCAUCUACGGUCGAUUCUACCAAUUUUACCUCCAUCAUUAUAUUCGAACUCGAAUGUUGGCAGAAUCGAUCAUUCACCUUUACUUCACCAAGUAAAUGCCAUUUCCCAUCAAGCCUACCCAAUUGCGGUAGAAAACAUCCCACUCCUUAAAAGCUUCACACCCUUUAUGCCCUGUUUCGCGGCAAAAUCCAGAAUACAAUCAUGUAUUCCAGGGAUUUCACCCUCCAUAAUGCAACGAGGAGAUCCCAGUGAUUGACAUCUAUGACAUACCAAUGGCGUAUAAAAUAGAAUCAUACACACCCCCAACCCCUUUAUCAUCAAAGCAUUUCACUACAAAUUACGUAGAAAAGAAAUGUGAAAAUUCAAGUAUGACAGUAGCUCAUGAAUUGAAUGACCCUAAGUUUGAAUAUUGUCGAUUGCACAAUUAUUCAAACACGAUUAAGUGUUUCGGAUUCGUAUCAUUUUGCAUGCGGUCAACACGGUUGUUUUUGUUAGUUACACAAAAAACAUUUUUUUUUUUUUAUUUUAUUAUCAACCUGUUUAUUUGUACUUUAAUUCACUUAAUCGUAAACUAGCAAUUAGAAUACAUUCAAUACGUAAGAAACCCCAAAUUAUUUUUUUUUUUUUUGUUUUUUGUAAAAAAUUGUAAUAAUGGUAACAUCUCACGGUUUAUUUGCUUCAUUGCUCAUGUAAAAUUUUUUUUUUUUUUAUUAUUUUACUCAAAAAAUCUGUUCUUAUGUUAAAAUUCAGGGCACUUCA